AUGGCAAAACAUUGGAGCGCCACCUCUUCUGUGUUCCUGGCACUGCUGGGGUGCUUGGUUGGGACCUUGGUGGAAGGUCAGUUCCAGAAACCUGCCUAUAAUCCUUCACCGAAGGGUCCUCCCCGCCCACAGGCGCCGGAGAUGCCUCCACCACCUCAGCCACCAAUGUUUGUUCCCCGUCCACAGGCGCCAGAGAUGCCUCCUCCACUUCCACAGGCACCAAAGCUUCCCCCUCCACCACCUCCACAGGCACCAAAGCUUCCUCCUCCACCACCUCCACAGGCACCAAAGCUUCCUCCUCCACCACCUCCACAGGCACCAAAGCUUCCUCCUCCUCCACCUCCACAGGCACCAAAGCUUCCUCCUCCUCCACCUCCUCAGGCACCAAAGCUUCCUCCUCCACCUCCACAGGCACCAAAGCUUCCUCCUCCACCUCCUCAGGCACCAAAGCUUCCUCCUCCACCUCCUCAGGUACCAAACGUUCCUCGACCACCUGCAGCUCCUCCUGUCCAGAGCUGUGAGGUAGCAGAGGGCCAGAAGAUCCCAUGUGGAGGUCCUGAUAUCACCGCUGCUGCUUGUGACGCCAUAAGCUGCUGCUUUGAUGGUCACCAGUGCUACUAUGGAAAAGCAGUGACUGUGCAGUGCACCAAAGAUGCCCAGUUCAUUGUGGUGGUGGCCAGAGAUGCCACUCUGCCCAACAUUGACUUGGAGUCCAUAUCUCUGCUCGAGGGAGGUCAAGGCUGCACUCAUGUUGACUCUAAUUCGGGCUUUGCCAUCUACCAAUUCCCUGUUACCGCUUGCGGCUCUGUUGUUAUGGAGGAGCCUGGUGUUAUAAUCUAUGAGAACAGGAUGUCCUGUUCAUAUGAAGUGGGAGUGGGGCCCCUCGGGGCCAUCACCAGGGACAGCACCUAUGAGUUGUUGUUCCAGUGUAGGUACAUUGGCACCUCUGUUGAAACUCUGGUUGUGGAGGUGCUGCCGAUAGACAAUCCUCCCCCUCCAGUUGCUGCUCUGGGACCCAUCGGUGUGGAGCUGAGACUGGCCAACGGGCAGUGCUAUGCUAAGGGUUGUAAUGAAGAGGAGGCAGCCUACACUUCGUUCUACACGGACGCAGACUAUCCUGUGACCAAGGUGCUCAGGGACCCUGUGUAUGUGGAGGUUCAGCUCAUGGGCAAGACAGAUCCCAACCUCGUCCUGAAUCUCGGCCGCUGCUGGACAACCACUGGCCCCAACCCUCACAGCCUGCCGCAGUGGGACCUUCUGAUUGAUGGGUGUCCAAACCCCAGCGAUUAUUACUUGAGCUCUUUAGUUCAAGUGGGUCCCUCUUCUGGCCUGGACUUCCCAACACACUACAAGCGCUUCAUUUUCAAGAUGUUUACCUUCGUGGAUGCCCAGUCUUUGGCCCAACUGAAGGAGCAGAUUUACAUUCACUGCAGCACUGCGGUGUGCACCGCUGGACCAGGACAUUCCUGUGCCCAGUCGUGCCGCAGGAACAAGAGAGACACGAAGGCUGCGGACUUGAGGAAGGCUGACCCCAAGACUGUGGUUUCCAGUGGUCUUGUGAUCAUGUCGGCCCCUCUCCAGUAA